GUUCAAAAUGACUGAUCUAGACAAACAUUAUCAGGUUGGCAACUGUGGGUUUUUAUCAAGCAGUGGGUGGCUAUCUUGGCAGUAGCCAGCCAGCAGUCAGAGGGUGAGGUGCUGCGCCGGACACUCCUCUGGCUCCAUCAUAACCCAGCCGUUGCAGCGUGAUCUGGGACAAGGACCGAGGUAGUCUCCAAGACCAUGACCACCACCGCCCGCCACAGGCCGUCCAGGGCUCUCAACAGUGAAGAAAACGACGCACUCUUCACCUUGCUGGGUCAUGGUUGUGAGGCGGGAACGCUGCUGCAGGCGAAGGCGUCGGGCGUGGUGCAGGUGUUCGUGACCAACCAGCCCCACCACGCUGCCUGGUUCAAGAGGGCCGUCGGCGUCGCCACCUUCACCAAGGACAAUACCCGCAGGUCCUUCUACAUUCAGGUGUACGACAUUAUGGGGAUGACUCGAGUGCUGGAGCAAGAGAUUUACAAGGACUUCGAGUACAUCAGCUCCGUUCCCUUCUUCCACCAGUUCGAGGGCGAGGAUCGGAUGAUUGGUCUGAACUUCUCCAACGACGAGGACGCCCUCAGCUUCAGCAAUGCCGUCACCGAGGUCCUCGCUAACAGGAAACGCAGGAAGGAAGAGCGAAGACGGCAAAUGAUGGCACAGCAACAACAAAAGUUGUCUGAGGGCUUGGGGCAGCCACAGCGUCAACAUCAACAAGACCACCAACAACAACAACAAGAGCACCACCAACAUCACCAACAGCACCAACAGCACCAACAACACCACGACGAGCCGAAGCAUAAAGACAGGAGAAGGUUUGGCAAAAUAGGAACAAGGCGAGAGAAGAAGAAAUUCAGGAAGUCGAUGAUCGGGGACCCCUUCGGUUUCCAACACGUCAGUCACGCCGGAUUUGACAACAACAACACCUUCUCCAGUUUUAAUGUCGACGAGGAUCUGGAACACCUGUUUUCUGCGGUAGGGUUGGAUAAGAAGACGAUGGCUGACGAUAACACGCGGAAGUUUGUCUACGACUUCAUAGAGAAUCACGGUGGCUUUGAGGAAGCCAAGAAGGCGAGCAGGAAGUACUCGACCAGGCGGGUGCUGGACGACCACACCUCUGAUGGUGGCCCUGGUGGUCGAGCCCAUGGAUCCCAUGUAGGUGUGAGGAGUCACGGCUCUUAUGCUCCAGCCUUUCGCUCCAGCUAUUCCCAGGCUCCUGUACCGCCUCCACCAGCCAGGGAUCCUCCACUUCCUCCGUCGGGAGGUCGGAGCCAUGUCUCAUCAUUACCACGCUGCCAAGACAGCAACGGAGGACGCCACGACGACGACAGCGUUGCCCCCUUUCCUCCUCCUCCCAAAAACUACCACCCAGAACCCCCUUCACCGCUCACCCACAGGGCCACAGCAGUUCUUCCACCGCCCAUACAAAAGAGCAACUUAUUAGUGCCUCCACUACCACCUUUGCUGAAAAAAAGCGACAACGCAUCUUCACAAAGCUUGUCCAACUAUUACAUUCCUCCUCCACCAUCUCCCACUUCCAAGGGGUCGACAAUACCUCCACCACCUCCACCACCACCGCCCCCUCCUCCGCCGCCUCCUCCUCCGUCGAUCAGACUGGGACAGUCUGUCCGGGACGGUGAUGAACGUCUCCGUCCUCCAGCCACCUUGCUCGACCAAAUACGAAGCGGCACGAAACCCCUCAAGAAGGUGGAAGCAGCCCCCAAGCCAGCCCAGACAGACGGCAGGAUGCAGCUUCUCGAUGAUAUCAAGAACGGCACCUUCAGGCUGCAUAAGGUGUCCUUGUCGGAAUGUGACACCAAGGGGGACGAGCCUCUAGGCCUGGAGGGGAUCGCUCUGGACCUGCACCGAGCCCUCCAGGAACGAGCGCAGUUCAUCCAACCAGACGACGGAUCCGACGACUCCACCCCGGACGACGACGACGACAGCGAGUGGGACACAGACUGAUCCCGGGACAGACUGAUCCUGGGACACAGACUGAUCCCGGGACACAGACUGAUCCCGAGACACAGACUGAUCCCGGGACACAGACUCAUCCCGCAGCCAUGAUGGAACGGUGGUUGGAGGAGAGCUGCCGCCCAGUUGGGUGGGUGUGGAGCAAGCUUUGAAAUUGAAAUUGAAAUAAGUUUAUUGAGGUAAAAUACACACAAAGGGAUGAGGUAGCUCAAGCUAUUCUCACCCCGUUCAGUACAUCGUGUUAAUACAUACAUAGACACACAUCACAAACAAUAAACAUAUUACCAAACAUUCUGAGAGAUAAACAUCUACAUUUCCUUGGAGCAAGCUUAGGUGGUUGGUUGCCUUGUAUUGAGACUGUUGUGAACCUCUUCUUUAAUUACAUGUGAUAUAAAAAGAUGAUUGAUAUGUAUAUGUUUUGUGUGCAUGUAUAUAUAUAUAAAUAUGUAUAUGUACAUGUGUAGGUAAUAUUAACAAUUGUUUAACUAUCUUCACGAGAUUGUUACUGGCUAGUUAAACGAACUAUGGAGGUUCAGUUCUUGAACCAAUUAUGUGCCUCUGUAACCCUUUCCACCACCGCCCACGGGAUGGGUAUGGGGUGCAUAAUAAAUAAAUUAAAUGAAAAAUGAGGGUACAAAUAGCCAGUACACACCGACGAGCCGGGUGUGUACUGUACAACACAGCUCUGAAUGAUCCUAAUCAUCAAUAACUAUAUCGUCUGAACCAUCCUCUGACGCUGGAUUAGAGUUGGCUAUAAUCCGAUUAUGUGAUUAGUGUCUAAGAAAGAGAAGUCGAAUUGAAGAAGAAGAAGUUUCUACCGUCCUCUGACUCGCGCCAGAGGACGGUAGAAACAGCCUAAGCAACUCAUCUAAAAAAGAAGCCUAAGCAUCUUUUUAAGAUGCAUUUUAUUGUCUCAAUAAAAGUACUUGAAGUUUUCUCGCGCCAGAGUGCGUGUUAAGACCCUUCAUAUUGAGGUUCUUGAGUAUCGUCGCCCAAGAUAACAUUGACUUCUAAUUCAAUUAAAUUUCUUUAUUAUGCACCGCGCCCUGCUCAGGCGUCCUCGACUCCGCGCCCAGCUCAGUGCACCUCCAUACCCAUCCCGUGGGCGGUGGUGAGCCCGUUGGUCUCCCUAUUGGGAGCACUUGUAUUUUUGUUUUCAAUAAAGAUAUCUUAAUGAAACUUUUAUUUCAUAAUUUUCGUGUGUUACGUUGUAGUUAUAUGCAGAUAAUGAUGCCUAGACUAACCAAGUGUGCGGAUGUAGGUGAGUUAUAAUAACCACCAUCACGGUCGCAAGUCUUCCCUCUAAAAAAGAUUAGGCAAAAUUGUAAUUAAUUCUGUCAAUAAAGAUGUUAAUAAUAAUCUAAAAAAAGAGAUGUUGUAGAGUCUCUUACAACAUCACUUACAACAAUAAGUGUUUCGUCUACACUGUAGACAACACACUUAUUGUUUCUGGAACUAAAGUGGCAACUGCACGCCUUAUGUCUAUGAUUGUCAGACACAACAUAAGUGAGUCCCUAUGUGGGACUUGCGUCUGUCAAACAAUAUUGGCAAAAUUAUACAUUAUAUAACGCAAACAUUGACUAUAAUACCCAUACUCUCGGGCACAUCUUGAAACAAAUAAUAUGUUUGGAAUUGAGUAUUUGCUUGUACAAAAAAUUUAGGCUAUUUAUUAGAACUAGUGAAUAUAAUUAUUGUUCCCCAUGUUGAAUAUUUACUAUUAUUAUUUUAUUAUUAUUAUUCUUGUGUUAACAAUAUAUUUAAUAUUUGGGGUAAGAGUUGAGGAGAAUAUCUCAUGGAGAUGUAGACAGUGUUUUAAUGUUUUAAGGGGGUAGAAAUAGCCUAAGCUACUCUAUCCCUUUGAGAUGUAUUUUUUUUCCUUGUCUCAAUAAACUUACUUGAACUUGA